CACGACCUCCUUUCCAUCGACGACCCCCGCCCCUCAAAAUGUUCGGCUCGUCGUGGGCGAACCCCCAGCAGAACCAACAGAACCAGCAAGGCCAACAGCAGCCAAGCGCGUUUGGGCAGCCAUCUGGCUUUGGCGGUACCGGCGCGUUCGGCUCUGGAGGCGCGUUCGGUCAACCGCAACCACCACAACAGCAGCAGCCACAGGCUAAUCCGAUGUUUGGAAAUCUCGGUGGGGGAACGAACACAGGCUCGACGGGCACGGGUUUCGGCGCUUUUGGGUCCACGAACACGUCGAACGCGGGCGGGGGUCUGUUUGGUCAACCGAAGCCGACCACAGGGUUCGGCGCGUUUGGAGGAGGGGGCACGACAGCGUUUGGAAGCACCACGGCGACUCCAACGCCAGCCUUCGGUGGCGGAGGGGCAUUCGGGAGCAGUACUCCUGCAACAGGAUCCAGCACGGGGGCAAACCUCUUUGGCUCUCAACCCUCUACGAGCACGAGCGCGUUUGGAGGUGGCGGGGGUUUGUUUGGGGCCAACAAGCCCGCGACUGGAUUUGGUACCACCCAGACAUCCACCGAUGGUGGAGCGCCUGUUACAACUGGAACCGCGAACCCGCCGUUCAGUCCCUACACUGAGAAGGACAACAUCAAUCCCUCCAUCACGCUGCAGUACCAGAGUAUCACAGCCAUGCCGCAGUACCGUUCAUCGACUUUCGAGGAGCUCCGACUGCAAGACUACCAGCAGGGCCGCAAAACAGCGGGUGCCUUUGGACAGACGACCUUCGGCGCUCCUGCGCAACCCGCUCAACCAACGGGUGGCUUGUUUGGACAGCCUGCUGCCCCUGCUGCUACCGGAACGACGUUUGGAGGCUUUGGUAACACUAGCACGACUGCUCAGCCUGCUACGACCGGCUUUGGCGCCUUCGGUCAACCUGCAAAUACGACCAAUACUACAGGAGGCAGCCUUUUCGGCGGCGGGGGAGCCUUUGGUCAACCGAGCCAACCACAACAGCCACAGCAGCAGCAACCGCAACAGCCUGCGGGUUUUGGCGCAUUUGGACAGCCGCAGAACCAACAGAACAACACCGGAGGCGGAUUGUUUGGCGGAGGAGGAGCAUUUGGCGCCAAUAACCAGGCGAAGCCAGCUUUCGGUGCUAGCACGACUGGAUUCGGUGGUGGUGGUGCGUUCGGCCAACCGCAAACGAACCCACAGCAACCUGCAGCCGGUGGUCUCUUCGGUCAACCCCAACAGAACACGGCUACUACUGGUUUUGGUAAUUUUGGUACAGCAAACAGCAAUGCCCAAAAGCCUUCAUUGUUUGGCGCUACGAACACAACACAACCUGCCACAACGGGCUUCGGUGGCUUCGGCACUCAGAACCAGGCGCAGCCGCAGCAAGGUUCACAACCAGCGGGCGGUCUCUUCGGUGGCGGUGGGGGCCUAUUCGGCCAGCCGCAGCAACAGAACCAGCAGCAACCUGCAGCUGGAGGACUAUUCGGCACCACACAGCCCGCACAACAGCAACAGCAGCAACCAGGGGGAGGGCUAUUUGGCGGAGGGGGUGGUCUGUUUGGCACUCAGCAGCAGCCCGCCCAGCAAGGUGCACAGGCACAGCCUCAGCAGAAUUCUUUCGGUGGCCUCUUUGGUGCGCCGAAGCCCACCAUCAACACGACGCAACCUACAGGCGGACUAUUUGGUGGAGGCUUCGGUUCGACGCUCGGUCAGCAACCUCAGAACCAACAGCCAGCAACCGGUUUGUUUGGAUCUACACUUGGCCAGCAACCUCAGAACCAACAGAACACGAACUCAUUUGGUUCUGGUGGUCUCUUUGGAAAGCCGGCCGCGCCGAACCUCGGCGCGUCGAUGUCUACAGGUCAGCAGCAGGGCGGCCUUGGCACGUCGCUCUUUGGGAACAGCACCCUUGGUGGCUCGACCGCUACCAUGGGUGCCUCCACUCUAGGGCAGUCGCAGGCUCCUCUGAUGGCCUCUAUCGCGCAACCCAUCGCUGCGCCCUUACCUAUCUUCAGCAUGCUGCCGCCAGGCCCACGUGCUGUGACCUUGGAUCAACAGCCGAAGAAGAAGCCAGGUUACUUUGUCGACGUCCCCACGCGAUCUCCGGUACCGCAGCUGCAACUCCGAUACGCCCCGGCUGGCACCAAGCUGCGCGGGUUCGGCUCAACGUCCACUCCACCGGGUGCAAGCUCCAGUACCCUUGGCGGCAGUCUACUCUACUCUUCUGGAAAGCCCAAUGCGUUGUCUCUGAGUAAGGCAUCGACGACGAAGAGCUUGCUUGGUCCCGACGCAUUCUUGACCAACGGCGCCCCCAGCCCUACUCUGGGCAGUGGUGGGCGGCAGAGCGUCAAGAAGCUCACGUUGGAUAAGAAGGUCGAGGCAGCAGACUUGUUCAGCAAGUCUAACAACGGGCCGUCAUUCAGCCCCGCGUUGGGCCUUGCUGCUCGGGAGAAGGAAGCGGCGGCUGCGAACGGUUCAUACUUCCGUCAAGAGUCCCCUUCCCCCGCCGCGCGCAAGGAGUCACCAAAGAAGUCGAACCGCAUCGUCGCGCAGAGCACCAGCGAGAUUCUCGGCCAGCCUUCGCGACCGGGUGGACCAGGAACUGCUCCAGCGAAGGGUCCCCAAGACCCCGAAGAGCUGCAGGAGGGCGACUACUGGGUGAAGCCUGACCUGGAGACGCUGAAGAAGAUGGGACACGACGAGUUGAUGUCGUUCAGCGGGCUCACCGUGGGCCGCGUCGGAUACGGGCAGAUCACGUUCCUUGAGCCCGUCGACCUGACGGGGCUCCCGCGGCUGUCGAGCCUGCUGGGCGAAGUCAUCCGGUUCGACGACAAGGAGUGCAGCGUGUACCCUGAGGCGGACGACGCAGAGAAGCCGCCGCCGGGGUCGGGCCUGAACGUAAAGGCGCGGCUCGACCUCGUGCGAUGCUGGGCGUUGGACAAGGCGUCGCGGGAGCCUAUCAAGGAUCCAGAGCACCCCGCCGCGCAGAGGCAUCUGAAGCGGCUGAAGACGAUGAAGGAGACGCAGUUCGAGGGCUUCGAUCUCGAAGAGGGCCGAUGGACGUUCACCGUCGACCACCUCUGAGUUGCCUUUCCGUUUGGUCUCACAGGCUUGUUGGCUACGUCGCUCGGAAUCAGUACGUACGAUACCGGUGUUGUGAAGUUUCUCGUUAUCCCACGUCCCCAUCAUGUUGUUUCCUUCUGCAUGUAUCAUCGUAGUAUAUGUUGUCAAUGCAUUUCGU